AUUGGAUAGUCUUUUCCUUUUUCACAAUUGAACAUAACACACUCAAUAUGACCUCCGCUCAAAUUGCCGACUCAGUCGCAAAGCAAAUGAAUGUCGAAACCGACAUUAUCACAUUAACUAGAUUUAUCUUGGAAGAACAACAACAUGUUGCUCCAAGUGCCACUGGUGAAUUAUCGUUAUUAUUAAACUCAUUACAAUUUGCAUUCAAAUUUAUCGCCCACAAUAUCAGAAGAGCCGAGUUGGUUAACUUAAUCGGGGUUUCCGGUACUGCCAAUGCUACCGGUGACACUCAAAAGAAAUUGGACGUUAUCGGUGAUGAAAUCUUUAUUAAUGCCAUGAGAUCUUCCAACAAUGUCAAAGUUCUAGUUUCUGAAGAACAAGAAGAUUUAAUUAUAUUUGAAGGUGGCGGUAAAUACGCUGUUUGUACCGAUCCAAUUGACGGUUCCUCCAACAUCGAUGCCGGGGUUUCUGUCGGAACCAUUUUCGGUAUUUACAGAUUAAAGGAGGGUUCCAAGGGUUCCAUCAACGAUGUUUUGAGAAAAGGUACUGAGAUGGUUUGUGCUGGUUAUACCAUGUACGGUGCUUCUGCUCAUUUAAUGUUGACCACUGGUUAUGGUGUCAAUGGUUUCACUUUAGAUACCCAAUUAGGUGAAUUCAUCUUGACUCAGCCAAACUUGAAGAUACCAAACACCAGAAGUAUCUACUCGGUCAAUGAAGGUAACUCGUUCUACUGGCCAGACUAUGUCAAGAAGUACAUUGAAGAUUUAAAGAAACCUCAAGAUAACGGCAAGCCAUACAGUGCAAGAUACGUUGGGUCUAUGGUUGCUGAUAUUCACAGAACUUUAUUAUAUGGGGGUAUUUUCUCUUACCCUGCUGAUACCAAGUCUAAGAACGGUAAAUUGAGAAUAUUAUAUGAAUGUUUCCCCAUGGCCAUGUUGAUGGAACAAGCUGGUGGACGUGCCAUUAAUGACAAGGGUGAAAGAAUCUUAGAUAUGAUACCAAAGGGAAUUCAUGACAAGAGUGGUAUCUGGUUGGGAUCCAAGGGUGAAAUUGAAAAGUUUGUGACUUAUAUUAAGUAGAUCUAGUAUAUAUGUAUUUAGUAAUGACAUUAUUAGUUGUUUC